ACAGACAUGGUCUUUCUGUUUUCCCUAUGACCACGUUUCACCACUAUAUCAUUUGUUCUGUCAACAUUAUCAUUGACAUAAGAGUUGUGUUGAUUGACAUAAUUAUAUGAUCAUUAUUUGCAGUGAACAGUCACUGUCAGAUGUUUAUCACUCAUCUAGAUGUGCGCCUGUUAAGGAGAGUACAUGACAGUAUGCCUAGUGUGAUUGCUGUAUCAGCCCACGCAUUUGGAGGCAUUUGCACAUUGCGCACAAACUCAAGCACUGUUCAUAGCUUGACACUCUCAAACACACAUUAGCCAGUGUGUCCAUGACAAAGACAGAAUUCAUCUAGGGACAGUCUCCCUGUCUCUGUAAAGCCGGAGCUGAGGGCUGCUGAUGUCACAGAGCUGAUGACUGUGUGGGAAUCUGAGUAAGGCACUCACAAACUUCAUCCAAAUGUUUAUAACCCUAUCGCGGUAUACAUUUAUUUUAUUUGGAGCAGCAAAGACAACUAAAUGCAGUUAAGCCUAACCUAUAGGCUAUGCGAUGCGUGCAGUACAGUAGCCACAACAAAAGCGCCCAGCCCACUGCCCCUGAGCUACUUUGGGGGCCCACAUUGGGGUUCCGCUCCCCAGAUUAGAACUGACCUUUGGUGCUGCUGUACUUUUGUUAUUUAAUUCCCCUGAUGCCAUUCUUUAGGACAGUGGCUGCCGCAUUUGCAGCAUCAACAGUCUCUGAACAAAGCAAAAUAGGCCUGCUGAAUACUGAGUGAUGAUGCGUGUAACAUCACGGUAAGUUAUAAAAGUUAUUUAUUAACGUGGAGUUCCUGUUUAUAAGCCAAGACGUGCAUGGAAAGUGCACACAAGUGAACCAACGCUUGGAAUGAAUUCGUUGUGAUCACUGGGAGAGGGGGCAGACUUAGAAUUUGAACAAAAUCAACAGUUAAGUCCUCCAAAAGCCCCAAAAGCCUAGACACAGCGUGAAGUGAAAGCAGAGGAAAUCCUUCCUCUUCCUGCUCCAGCAAAAAGAGGGAAAGCUGUGGAGGGGCGGGGGUUAUGCAUGGACAGACCACAGACACACGCACGCACUCGGCCAUGCGCUGUCUGGUCUCUGAAGGCCUGUGCGCGUGAUGAGCGCUGAAAUGUGAUUGCGACACCGAGAAAUUGAGUCAAUGAAGUGACGGGACAGGGGAUCUAAUAGUGAGGCGGGGGCCUUUCCAGGAAACACCCACUGGAGGCGUACUCCUCCGUGCGCUUUAUGCGCACAAUACCGUCAAUGAACGGCAACUUUCCCACGUUUGUAGCCGUGUGUCCGACGCAGACUCACGUGGACGAAAAAACUAAGCGAAGACAAUUGCCUUUAAAGUUUUUGGGAGUAUUUUUAGGGGAAAACUGUUGAAAAUGUCCAUGUUUUCGGUGUAACUGAUUUAUUUGAUCCUGUCCCGGGACACACUGAAGUCAUUGGACAGCCUACUUUUUGUGUGUGUAUGUGUGGUGUCGACACUGUAAAACGUGGAGCUUAUUGCGUCUGUCAGACUGAUGUGUUAAUUCCUAUGGGCAAAAUGUCUCCCCUCCGCUGUUUUCUGGUGCUCUGCUGGAUCUUCCUAUCACUUCUGACCCACUCAUGUCAGGUCUGGUCCAGGCCCACUCCAGAGGACCAGGAUACAGUUAAAUCAUCUGAAGAUGAAGAUGAGGAUGAAUCUUCUUCAGAGGAAAACAAACUCUCAAAUGAAUUGUCAACAAGCAAUGAAAAGCUUCAGCCUUUGGCACCUCAGUGGGUAAUGCCAGAGAAAAUGGAGAAGCAACUUCAUGCUGUUCCUGCCAGUCGGACCGUUAAGUUUCGAUGCCAAGCAAUUGGAAAUCCUACUCCAACUCUGCACUGGUACAAGAAUGGAAAGGAGUUCAGAAAAGACCAGCGAAUUGGGGGUUUUAAAAUUAGAGAUCAUAUGUGGACCUUAAUAAUGGAGUCAGUUGUCCCAUCCGAUAAAGGCAACUACACUUGUGUUGUAGAAAAUGAACAUGGCAGCCUUAAACAUACCUACCUGCUGGAUGUAGUCGAGCGAUCCCCUCAUAGGCCCAUCCUACAGGCCGGGCUGCCAGCAAACCAGACAGUAGUGGUUGGGAGCGAUGUGGAAUUUGUUUGCCGUGUAUUCAGUGACCCACAGCCGCACAUCCAGUGGCUCAAACACAUCACAGUAAACGGCAGCAGGGAGGGACCUGAUGGUCAUCCAUAUGUAUUGGUUCUCAAAACUGCUGGUUUAAACACAACUGAUCGUGAAAUGGAGGUCUUGACUUUGAGGAAUGUGACUGCAGAAGAUUCUGGAGAGUACACUUGCCUUGCAGGAAACUCCAUUGGCAUCUCACAUCACUCUGCAUGGCUCACUGUAGUCGAUGAUCUACCUCCCUCCCCUGUGCCUUCUCAGACGUACUUGGAGAUCUUUAUCUACUGCCUUGGGUUCUUUAUAAUUGUCAUGCUUAUUGCCACAGCCAUUAUAUGUCGUAUGUGCUGUGCUCCCAAGAAAAGUGACUUUAAUAGCCAGUUAGCAGUGCAGAAAUUGGCCAAAAGCAUUCCUCUGAGGAGACAGGUAUCAGUGGACUCAGCCUCUCUUCAGUCAGGGAAGUUUUUGAUAAGACAUUCACGUUUAUCCAGUGCAGGCACCAGUCUUCUGACUGGAGUAUUGGAGUAUGAACUACCUUAUGAUCCCAUAUGGGAACUGCCUCGUGACAGACUCAGUCUGGGGAAGCCUUUGGGAGAGGGUUGUUUUGGUAAGGUUGUGCUGGCUGAAGCUGUUGGCAUUGAUAAAAACAAGCCCACACGUGUUACAAAGGUAGCUGUAAAGAUGCUCAAAGCCGAUGCCACAGAAAAGGACUUGUCUGACCUUAUCUCUGAAAUGGAAAUGAUGAAAACAAUUGGCAAACACAAAAACAUCAUCAACUUGUUGGGGGCCUGUACUCAAGAUGGCCCAUUGUAUGUAGUGGUAGAGUAUGCAGAGCAGGGGAACCUAAGAGAAUAUCUCCGGGCACAGCGGCCUGCCGGGCUGGAAUACUGGAGUGGCCCGAGGAAUGCUUCUUUGGGCAGUUUGGAAAUCAGGGAGUUGGUGUCUGCUGCUUACCAGGUGGCGAGAGGGAUGGCAUAUCUUGCAUCAAAAAAGUGUAUUCACAGAGACCUGGCAGCAAGGAAUGUUCUCAUCACAGAAGAUAAUGUGAUGAAGAUAGCCGACUUUGGUCUUGCCCGUGAUAUUCAUCACAUCGACUACUACAAAAAGACCACAAAUGGUCGUUUACCAGUAAAAUGGAUGGCACCAGAAGCUUUAUUUGACCGCAUUUAUACUCAUCAAAGUGAUGUGUAA